AUGAGUGGAAGAUUAGAAGAUGUAAUGCAAAAGGCCCACCAGAAAGCAAAGAAGUUAGUUGAGAAAAUGUCCAUACCAGAGAAAGUAAACUUAACCAUUGGGACCGGGUGGGGCUCGGGUCCGUGCUUAGGAAACACAGGCUCGGUUCCCAGACUCGGCAUUCCAAGUUUGUGUCUCCAAGACGGACCUAAUGGAGUUCGAUUCACUGACUUCGUAACACAUUAUCCUUCUGGAUUGGCAUUGGGCAGCACUUUCAACAAAGACCUCAUGAAAUUAAAAGGAAAGGCAGUCGGAAGAGAAUUUAAAGCUAAAAAUGUUCAUAUGGCCCUAGCACCAGUUGUUGGUCCCAUCGGAUUGAAAGCACAAGGAGGAAGAAAUUGGGAGAGCUUUGGUGCUGACCCAUAUCUUCAAGGCGUUGCCGGCGCUGCUGUUGUAAAAGGGAUGCAAGAAGAGGGAAUUGUGGCUAUUGCAAGGCAUUUUAUUGGAAACGAGCAAGAACAUUUCCGUCAAGUUGGUGAAUGGGAUAUUGGGGGCUGGGAAGAAUUAGACUCGUCCAUCAGUUCCAAUAUUGGUGACAGAAGCUUGCAUGAAAUUUAUUUAUGGCCUUUCGCUGAUGUUGUUCGUGCUGGAUGUGGAGGAAUCGUUUGCGCUUACAAUAUGGUGAACAACACUUAUGCUUGUGAGAACUCAUACUUGCUCAAUUAUCUUCUCAAGGAGGAGUUGGGCUUCCAGGGGUUUGUGGUUUCAGACUGGGGAGCACAACAUUCGGGCAUUAAUUCAGCACUUGCAGGUUUGGACAUGUCCAUGCCUGGGGAAGUUUUUGAUGACUGGCUCAGUGGGAAGUCAUACUGGGGUCCCUUAUUAACUAGGGCCGUGUACAACAGAACCAUCCCCCAGGAGAGACUCAAUGACAUGGCUACAAGGAUCUUAACACCAUUCUUUGCAAGCAAGCAGAUUUCUCUUCCACUGGAAGAAGAAACCCCUAACUUCAGCUCGUGGACUUCUCACACUUACGGCCAACAGUUCCCAUAUCAGCACUUUGGAGCAAUUGUUCAGCAAAAUUGGCACGCAGACGCAAGAUCAAAAUUUGGUGAUGAAAUUGGUCUCGGAAUAGCCAGAGAAGCAAUUGUUCUCUUGAAGAAUGCUGGACAAAACCUUCCAAUCUCUCGAGAUGAUGGAGUUAGAAGAUUAUUUGUAGCUGGCGCAGGUGCUGGUCCCCACCCGCAAGGUUUCAAUUGCAAGGAUCAAGCAUGCGUGGAUGGGGUGUUGACCUCCGGGUGGGGCUCUGCCGCUGUUCACAACCCACACCUUGUUACACCAUAUGAAGCAAUCUCCGAGAAAGCCAGAAGAGAAGGCAUUGUCAUCGAUUACAUGUCCGACAAUUGGGACAUUCAACGUGCGGAGGAGCUUGCCGACUACGCCGAUAUGUCAAUUGUCGUUGUAAAUGCCCAUUCCGGAGAAGGUUAUAUUGAAGUUGAUGAUAAUUUUGGAGACCGUAAGAACAUCUCCUUGUGGGGAAACGGUGACGAGCUCAUUGAGCACAUCGCAGACAGAUGCCGAAAAACCGUGAUUGUCAUUAACGCUGUCGGACCCGUUGAUAUGGAAUGCUGGAUUGAGCAUCCAAAUGUUGUUGCUGUACUCUACGCUGCUCCAUUAGGCCAAUUCGUUGGCCCGGCAAUUGCAGAUGUGCUUUUCGGAGACGUCAACCCAUCAGGCAAACUCCCGUUCACGAUUGGAAGGAAGAAACUGCACUAUGUUCCCAUUGUUGAUGACCUCUACGAACGGAUAGACCCUCAAGAUACUUUUGAGCGAGGAAUUUACUUGGAUUACCGAUUCUUCGACAAGCAUACUAUUAAGCCUCGGUUUCCUUUCGGACACGGUCUCUCCUACACCAGGUUCCACGUUUAUCAUUUGAAGAUCGAGGAGAUAAAUAGUCCCACAGAGUAUUUACCUUGUCCUGGAGAUUAUCUUCCUAGCAACCGUCCCAUUGAAGACGACGUUUGUGAUCCAGAAGAUGCCCUCUUCCCACACGACGAAUUCGAUCCCAUGCCUGGCUUCAUAUACCCUUACCUUUACAGCGAAGAUGUCAGAUCAGUAGAUGAAGAAGACUGCUUCGAAUAUCCUAAGGGCUAUACUCCAGACCCUCGUAAAGAGCCUCCUCUUUCCGGAGGAGGACUUGGAGGAAAUCCUGCCUUAUGGGAGGUACUCUACAAAGUCACAGCGCUGGUUUCCAACGAGGGAGACUACGCUGGUGCAUACGUGGCCCAAUUAUAUAUAGAGCUUCCCAGCACAGUGGUCAACUCCCCACCAAAAAUCUUGAGAGGGUUUGAUAAGGUGUACUUAGAGCCCAAGACUUCUGCAACAGUAUGCUUUGAGAUUCUACACCGAGAUCUCAGUAUUUGGGAUUCCCAAUCACAGCAAUGGAUCAUCCAGACAGGAACUUACAAGAUUUACUUGUCCAGUUCCAGCAGAAAGAUCGAACUCUCGGGAGAAAUAGAUAUAGGCAGCUGA